AUGGAGUGGGGCCCUGAGUCUGAUCUAGAACCGGAAUGGACAUCUUCGGGACCCGAAACAGGGCUUGAAGAGCCAAUUCCCAGGUUGGAAUUAGGGGUUGAACCAAAAUCAUACCCAAAGCGACCCAAUGAAGCUGAUUGUAUUUAUUAUUUGAGGACUGGGUUUUGUGGCUAUGGCUCUAGGUGUCGGUUCAACCAUCCACAUGAUCGUGCUAUGGUUAUGGGACCUGGAAUAAGUAGCAUAGGAGAGUAUCCAGAGAGAGCGGGCCAGCCAGUUUGUCAGUACUAUAUGAGGACAGGGACAUGCAGAUUUGGUUCUUCUUGCAAGUACCAUCAUCCAAAGGACGGAGGUGGUUUUGUUAUCCAUGUACCACUGAAUUCUUAUGGAUAUCCAUUACGUCUGGGUGAAAAAGAGUGCUCUUACUAUAUGAAGACAGGGCGAUGUAAGUUUGGUGCAACAUGUAGAUUUCAUCAUCCUAUAUCAUCUGUUGUGCAAGUUUCGACACCAUAUUCAACUCCUCAAGUUCCACAUGUGCCUACACCUACAUUAUAUUCCACGGUGCAGUCACCAUCUAGCCUUUCCUCUCAACAAUAUGGAGUUGUAAUGGCAAGGCCUCCCCUAAUGCCAGGCUCAUAUGUGCAAGGCCCCUAUGGUUCUUUGCUACUUUCUCCAAGCAUGGUUUCCUUUCCAAGUUGGAAUCCCUAUCCAGGACUUGUCAACUCGAGUACUCAAACCAGUGUUGGAUCUAGGUCAGUUUUUGGAGGAACACCAUUAUCUCCUUUAGCGCCUGCCUAUACUAGGUCUUAUCAACUUGUAUCAUCUAGUGUCGGGUCUUCAAGCAGUAAUCGAAAGGAGCAGUUAUUUCCUGAGAUACCCAACCAACCUGAAUGUCAGUAUUACCUGAAAACAGGCGAUUGCAAAUUUGGAUCCUCUUGUAAAUAUCAUCAUCCACUUGAAGUGGUUGCACCAAAAUCAGAUGUCAUCCUCAGCACUUUAGGUCUUCCCCUUCGUCCGGGGGCACCACCUUGUACUCAUUAUUCACAGCAUGCAGUUUGCAAGUUUGGACCUGCUUGCAAAUUUGAUCAUCCUAUGGAACAAUUAAGUUACAGUCCAUCAACGUCUUCUCUUUCCGAUAUCCCUGUUGGAUCUACAAUUGCUACACUAGCUCCAUCAUCAGAUUUACGACCCAAACUUCUUUCUGGGUCCGGCAAGGACUCUGAUCCUGCCGUUAUGUCAUCAUCGGUGAGCUCGUCAAGUGAAUCAAUUGGUUUGGUUUUCUCUGAAGGUGCAGCGAUACCUCCUUCAAGCACACAACAGUCGGGUCCAAGUUCUGGCCCUUCUGCUGGCAGCGGCAUCACCAAGGCACACACUUCAAACUAAGUGAUAAGAGAAGCAUCAAAAUGUGACAUCUAUCUAUCUAUAUAUAAUUAGAUACAUAUUUCUAUGUUUUGACAAUGGAAAUGCUUGACAUGCUUCUAUAAAUUCAUAACCAUAUUAUGAGAUUUGCUCCUUCAUUAUUGCUUGAAUUAGGGUUUAGCUCAGUUGAUUCUCGUUAUCAUUUUUAACAUAAGGUUUUAGCGUGUGAAAUUUCUUAUUCUCAUAUUCUGAUCUCUUUUGUAUGGAAAAAAA